AUGGACCUGAAACCUCCUGUACCCUCACGGCACAGCAGCCACACCUGCCCUGCCCUGCCACAGAACAGCAGCCACACCUGCCCUGCUCUGCCACAGAACAGCAGCCACACCUGCCCUGCCCUGCCACAGAACAGCAGCCACACCUGCCCUGCUCUGCCACAGAACAGCAGCCACACCUGCCCUGCUCUGCCACAGAACAGCAGCCACACCUGCCCUGCCCUGCCACAGAACAGCAGCCACACCUGCCCUGCCCUGCCACAGAACAGCAGCCACACCUGCCCUGCCCUGCCACAGAACAGCAGCCACACCUGCCCUGCCCUGCCACAGAACAGCAGCCACACCUGCCCUGCCCUGCCACAGAACAGCAGCCACACCUGCCCUGCCCUGCCACAGAACAGCAGCCACACCUGCCCUGCCCUGCCACAGAACAGCAGCCACACCUGCCCUGCCCUGCCACAGAACAGCAGCCACACCUGCCCUGCCCUGCCACAGAACAGCAGCCACACCUGCCCUGCCCUGCCACAGAACAGCAGCCACACCUGCCCUGCUCUGCCACAGAACAGCAGCCACACCUGCCCUGCUCUGCCACAGAACAGCAGCCACACCUGCCCUGCUCUGCCACAGAACAGCAGCCACACCUGCCCUGCUCUGCCACAGAACAGCAGCCACACCUGCCCUGCCCUGCCACAGAACAGCAGCCACACCUGCCCUGCCCUGCCACAGAACAGCAGCCACACCUGCCCUGCUCUGCCACAGAACAGCAGCCACACCUGCCCUGCCCUGCCACAGAACAGCAGCCACACCUGCCCUGCUCUGCCACAGAACAGCAGCCACACCUGCCCUGCCCUGCCACAGAACAGCAGCCACACCUGCCCUGCCCUGCCACAGAACAGCAGCCACACCUGCCCUGCUCUGCCACAGAACAGCAGCCACACCUGCCCUGAGCCACCCUGGAUGGCUCUGGCAAAGAAGAAGUCCAAAGCAUGGAGCGAGACGCCGCAGAGCGUUCAGUGA